UGGAGUUAUGUACCUCUGAUCCGCCGCCAUGGAUUGCAAUCCGCGAUCACUGCUUUUCAUUUUACCUCUUUUACUGUCCUGCGUUGUCCCUGCGUCCCCCAUCAUCCAUCCCCUUAACGAAGUCAACCUGUUAGACUCUAAAGCAAGCCAAGGGGAGUUAGGAUGGAUUUCCUACCCAUCACACGGGUGGAGGGAAAAUUGGGAAGAGAUCAGUGGGGUGGAUGAGAACUACACACCCAUCAGGACCUUCCAGGUCUGCAACGUGAUAGAGUACAGCCAGAACAACUGGCUUCGCACCAACUGGAUCUCUCGCCAGUCAGCUCAGAAGAUCUACGUGGAGUUAAAGUUCACUCUUAGGGACUGCAAUUCCAUCCCGCUGAUCCUGGGCACCUGCAAGGAGACCUUCAACCUCCUCUAUCUGGAGACAGAUGAUGACCAGGGCAGCCACUUCAGAGAGCAUCAGUUUGCAAAGAUUGACACCAUUGCUGCUGAUGAGAGUUUCACCCAAACGGACCUGGGGGAUCGCAUCCUCAAGCUCAACACUGAGGUGCGUGAGGUGCGUUCCAUGACCAAGAAGGGCUUCUAUUUAGCGUUCCAGGACGUGGGCGCUUGCGUAGCUUUAGUUUCAGUGAGGGUUUAUUUUAAGAAAUGCCCAUACACUGUGAAAAAUCUGGCCUCCUUCCCUGACACGGUGCCUACGGACUCCCAGUCCCUGGUGGAGGUCAAAGGCUCAUGCGUCAAUCACUCCAAAGAGGAGGAACCUCCACGAAUGUACUGCAGCACAGACGGGGAGUGGCUCGUGCCAAUUGGGAAGUGUCUAUGUAACCCAGGGUAUGAGGACAGAAGCAACAUCUGCCAAAUGUGUAGGGCAGGCUUCUACAAGUCUAUGCUUGGGAACAUGGAGUGUUCAAAGUGUCCACCUCACAGCUUCUCUCACUAUGAAGGGUCGUUGCAUUGUGGCUGUGAGAAAAACUACUUCCGUGCUGAGGGGGACCCCGCCUCCAUGGCCUGUACCCGUCCUCCUUCAGCUCCUCGCAAUGUUAUCUCUUCCAUCAACGAGACUUCAGUUAUCCUUGACUGGAGUUGGCCAGAGGACACCGGGGGGCGCAGGGAUGUUGCCUUCACUGUCGUCUGCAAACGCUGCCGUCGCGGCCCUGUUAGCGGCAGCGGUGCUGGCACCCAACAUUGUGAACCUUGUCGGAGCAAUGUUCGCUUUCUGCCAAGAGCCACAGGCCUCCACAACACCACGGUGACGGUGGGCGACUUGCUGGCUCACACUAACUACACGUUUGAGAUUGAAGCGCAGAACGGUGUGUCUUCACUGGCACCCAGGUUGAGGCAGUACGCCACUGUCACCAUCACCACCAACCAAGCUGCUCCCUCUCCAGUAACAGUGAUCAGAAAGGAGAGGACUUCUCGAAACAGUGUCUCACUGUCCUGGCAGGAGCCAGAAAGACCCAACGGCAUUAUCCUCGACUAUGAGAUCAAAUACUACGAAAAGGAGGAACAAGAGACCAUUUACACCAUCCUUCGUGCUCGAGGCCGUAAUGUGACUCUGAAUGGGUUGAAGCCUAACACUGCCUACCUGCUGCAGAUCAGAGCUCGCACUGCUGCUGGAUAUGGAGCCAGCAGCCCCAGCUUCCAGUUUGAGACCAGUCCUGACUCAGCCUUUUCCAUCUCCAGUGAGAGCAGCCAGGUUGUCCUGAUCGCUAUUUCCUCCGCCGUGGCCAUCAUCCUGCUCACUGUGCUGCUGUACAUCCUGAUUGGCAGGUUUUGUUGCCACAGCAAGUCCAAACAUCCUGAUGAGAAAAGACUGCACUUUGGCAAUGGCCACUUACGGCUACCAGGUAUCAGGACCUAUGUGGACCCCCACACAUACGAGGACCCCAGCCAGGCUGUGCACGAGUUUGCCAAGGAGCUAGAUGCUUCCUGCAUUGCCAUCGAUAAAGUGGUGGGAGCAGGUGAGUUUGGUGAGGUCUGCAGUGGUCGCCUGAAGCUGCCCAGUAAGAAGGAGAUCUGUGUGGCCAUAAAGACUCUUAAAGGAGGAUACACGGAUAAACAAAGACGUGACUUCCUCGCUGAGGCAUCGAUCAUGGGACAGUUUGACCAUCCCAACAUCAUCAGGUUGGAGGGGGUGGUAACACGUAGCAAACCCGUCAUGAUUGUCACAGAAUACAUGGAGAAUGGAUCCCUGGACAGCUUAUUGAGAAAACAUGAUGCCCAGUUUACAAGCAUCCAAUUGGUUGGCAUGCUGCGUGGCAUCGCCUCAGGCAUGAAGUAUCUGUCAGACAUGGGCUACGUUCACAGAGACCUGGCAGCUCGAAACAUCCUAGUCAACAGCAACCUGGUGUGUAAAGUGUCAGACUUUGGCUUGUCAAGAAUCCUGGAGGACGACCCAGAGGCCGCUUACACCACCAGGGGAGGUAAGAUCCCUAUCAGGUGGACAGCUCCAGAGGCUAUUGCCUACAGGAAGUUUACUUCAGCCAGUGAUGCCUGGAGUUAUGGCAUUGUGCUCUGGGAGGUGAUGUCAUAUGGGGAACGGCCAUACUGGGAAAUGUCCAAUCAGGAUGUAAUUAAAGCUGUAGAUGAGGGUUACCGCCUCCCUCCACCCAUGGACUGCCCGGCCACCCUCUACCAGCUGAUGUUGGACUGCUGGCAGAAGGAGAGGAACAAUCGGCCUAGGUUUGAACAGAUAGUCAGCAUCCUGGAUAAACUCAUCCGCAACCCUGGUAGUCUCAAAAUCACAGCCAGCACCACACCCAGGCCAGCCAACUUGUUGCUGGAUCGAAGCAGUUCAGAGGUUCCCUCGAUGGGGACAAUGUGCGACUGGAUGGAUGGAAUGAGGACCUUGCCCUGUAAGGAGGCCUUUUCUGGGGUCAGCUACAGCUCCUGUGACACCCUGGCCAAGACCUCCACAGAGGAUCUGAAAAAGGUUGGAGUGGCUAUUGUGGGACCGCAAAAGAAGAUCGUGAGCAGCCUCAAAGCCCUAGAUUCCCAUACCAAGAAUGGCCCGGUACCUGUUUAAAAGAUGAGCCUGUCUGUUUGUGUUAACACACUGUGGUUGCUAAUCGCACUCUAACACAGUGGCUGUGUAUCCAAACUAGAAAUGAGUGGAAAUGGAGGAAAAGUAUAUGAUUCAAAUGAGGACUUCCACUGUUUCGCUGAAAGACGAUAUCAAGUCCUGACAGACAAAUGAAGAGAAGAGUUUAGGAUAGCUUUGCUAUCUAGUCAACUUGCUGACUUUUAAACCAACCAUCCCUCCAUAGAGUUGAAAUGCCUUACAGACUAAUAAGAGGGAGGAGAGGGAGGACAGAGGAAAGCCAUGAAGUUCAAUGAGACCUGGUCAAACUGGGAUUGGACUGGGGUACAAGACCAGGACUGGGCUAACAUAAAGUCUGCGCUUUCCAUGAUUAGCUAAACUGAACAGCAUAACCUUCCCUUUACCGCAUAAAGGGGACAGGCAUGCUCACAGUCUCCUCCCACCAGCCUGUGGACCGAGGUGUUGAAACGCAGUGAUACCUGGUGUAGCUCAGAGCACACAGCAGCAGCUCACCCAGAUGCGGACCCUUCCUGGACGAAUGAAAUCCGAGGCGUAAGAUUUUGUUGUAACUACCUACAUUUACUGUUUCUAUCCAUGAGAGAACAUGAGCUGGUACGGAAACACACGCCAAUAACCGAGCCGUUUUGCUCUGUAGCUCUAACCUAUAGCAUUUGCAUUCAGUAGAUAUGUCACAAAAAGCAAUAAUUAUGAUAAUCAGUUAAACAGACCCAUUUUAUGGAAGCCAUGAGUUUGUCAAAUGUAUAAGGCAUUGAAUGCUGUCCUUUGAAGGUACAGGGGCCAUAACACGUCAUACACACAGAAUUUUCUUUAUGGUGACAUUUAUGUUCUGUGUGCUUAUAAACAGAUAUUGUACAGUAAUAGUGUUGUGUCCCCAACCCAAUGCCCUUCGUGUAAAAUCUCAGGAUGUACACAUUUUUGUUCUAUUUUCUUUAACCAGGGCAAACAAAGAGAGAGAAGGAGCAGAGCCAGGAAAUGAGAGUCCAAGUUAAGAAAGAAAGGAUCAUAAAAAAUAGGAAAAGCUUCAAGAAGGACACUGAUAGGAGGACAAAAAACCCUAAAUAUAAUAAAGCAGAGUCGUUCAAGUUUCUGCUUCAGAUGUUGUUGUGUUGUGGAAGUGUUUUAAACUAGAAGUGUGUUUGUCCUUGAGUUUCUUCUUCAGGUAAGAUUGGUUAGCAUUGUCAGUCCUACACAGCACAAGGUACAGUACACUUUCCAGGGGAGCGAUAUAUUCUUCAUUCACACAGUUUAGAUCAGUGAUACUGCUCUGACGGUGUUAUAAAUCUAUAAUUGUUUUGGUCUCGUACAAUAACUUAUUAACAAAAGCCAUGUGGGAUCAUUUUCUUCUUUGAUUGGCAAUUUCUUGUUAAAUGACUGCAUUCUACUGUUAAAAUUUGUUCUUAAUUCGUACCUCUUGGUGUGUUUAAUACAAAAUGUUAGAGUGGCUCCUGGAGUUGGGUCAGUUCAUUGUGGGAUCACCAAGCAAAAAGCUGCAGUUUUAAUUUGUUUUCAAAUGAAAUUUGUUGUUGUUCUCAUAGGGGCAUUGGAUUUAGCACCACUGCCCUAAACAAAAUGCUUCCAAUAAAUGAUUGUUGUCAGAGUGUACUAUACAACAUCCAAAUAGGUUGGGAUUUCCUAAAGGCACCUUAGAAAUUAGAUGUACAAUGUUGUGCAUACUUAAAGAUGCAUGCUUCUUGGUUUGAUGUCUCCCAGCCAAACCCAAACACAUAUCCAAUAUUUCAAAACCGGCACAUUGGUACUUUGUGCUGUUGGAUGGGGAAUAUUGAACCAUGAUGACGCCAUCUUUAAGCAUGGCCCAAGCACUUAAUACACAAUAUUUGAGCACUUUGAACAGAAAUUCUAUUGCCUUGGCUAUAGACUAAUCUUAUCUAAUGGACAGGGGUGGUACUGGUGCUUUUGGGAAACCCAGCCCUGCUCAGUGUGUCAGUCAGUCAGUCCUCUGUUACUUGGCCUACCUGUGGAUGCUGCUGUUGCUGCUAUGUGUCCUAAUUAGCGUGUACAUAAUGUAAACCACCGUAAUGAUAGCAUCUCACAUUACAGAUCCCACUAUAUGUACAUGGCCAUCCCUCUUUGUAAAAAUGUUUGUACGUAUAAAAGAAUAAAUACAAAUUGUGCAGCAUUUCUAAUUAAUAAUGGGACAAAAAUCAUCUGUAUUAUAUUUUAUCUUGUCGGCUUUGUCUUUUUUUACAAUAAAAAAGGCAAUUAUCAGUACAUUAUUAUUUAUUUGUUAACAUUAUACUGCGCGUUUUUUGUAGCAUACAGGAAAUUAUAUGUCAGUGCUAUUGUGUUUUGGUUUUUGACUUUCUUUAUAAACAUGGAACAUCUGAGAGAGCAAUACUGUUAUGCAUCCUAUAUUCAUAUUCAUUUCCUGUCUAAAGACUGACCCAUGUGUCUGUGUGAGAGUUUCUGUGUGCAAAUGUAGAUGACCUUGUCUACCUACUAAUGUAAAAUGAUUUGUAGUGGAAACAUUUAUUUUUUUAUAAUAAAUAUUCACAAAAUA